CUGUGUUUAGAAGACGGAAGAUGGCGUCUGGUUCUGAGUCAUGUGGACCAGUCACAGACGAGGAACAAACUGAAACUUUAUCAUCACAGAAGAGAGAGGAGAGGCUGAGGAAAUUCAGAGAGCUUCAUUUGAAACGGAAUGAGGCCCGUAAGCUAAACCAUCAGGAGGUUGUAGAAGAAGACAAGAGGUUGAAGCUUCCUUCCAACUGGGAAGCGAAGAAAGCCCGACUGGAGUAUGAGCUCAUGGUGGACCAAAAGAAAAAGGAAUGUGCGGAACGAGGGGAAAAUUACCACCGCGUGAAACUUUUAGAGAUCAGUGCAGAGGACGCUGAGAGAUGGGAAAGGAAAAAAAAGAAGAAAAACCCUGAUCCAGGCUUCUCAGGCUACGCCGAGGCCCAGCAGAGGCAGUACCAGCGGCUCACCAAGCAGAUCAAGCCGGAUAUGGAGAGCUACGAGCGACAGAGAGAUGAGUGCGGUGAUGAAUUCCAUCCAACUGCCAACAGUCUGAUCCACGGAACCCACGUUCCCUCCGCAGAGGCCGUUAACCGCAUGCAGGAAGACGUCGAGAAACAAAUUGAGAAACGAGCCAAAUUCAGCCGGCGCAGGGCCUACAACGACGAUGCCGACAUCGACUACAUCAACGAGAGAAACGCCAAGUUCAACAAGAAGGCUGAGCGCUUUUACGGCAAAUACACAGCCGAGAUCAAACAGAACCUGGAACGAGGAACUGCAGUGUAAUCAGUGGAAUCUUUACCAGGAACGGCAUUCUUUUCAUCCUUCUAUAAGGCAAGCUGCUGUUGGAUAAGAGAGGCAAAUUAUCUGUUCUGCUAUUUGCAUUUUUUUCUUUGUUUGUGCUGCUGUUACACUGAUGUACUGAAAGUCGAAACGAUUAUAGUCUGUGCAUUGUUGUGUAAUACCAUGCUUUAAAGUAAAUACUUUUAAUUUUGCUUUGAUCUUCUUUCUAUAUCAAUCUGAAGAAUAAAAAUGAUCUUUUAUGUA